CUGGUGCUGCGCGGCGGCGGGGCCCGUCACUUCCUGGCCCUGCAGCCGGCGGCAGCGAGGCGAGAGCCGGGGCCGGGGGCGGCGGGGCCCGCAGCCUGCCCGGCGCCCGCUACCAACAUGCCCUUUGACUUCAGGAGGUUUGACAUCUACAGGAAGGUGCCAAAAGACCUUACACAGCCAACCUACACAGGGGCUAUUAUCUCUGUCUGCUGCUGUCUCUUCAUACUGUUUCUCUUCCUGUCUGAGCUCACAGGAUUCAUAGCCACUGAAAUAGUUAAUGAGCUCUAUGUGGAUGACCCAGACAAAGACAGUGGAGGUAAAAUAGAAGUGAAUCUAAACAUCAGUUUGCCAAACCUGCAUUGUGAAUUAGUUGGACUAGACAUCCAAGAUGAAAUGGGAAGGCAUGAAGUGGGUCAUAUUGAUAACUCGAUGAAGAUACCUCUCAAUAAUGGGGAUGGCUGCAGGUUUGAGGGCCAUUUCAGCAUCAACAAGGUCCCUGGUAACUUUCACGUGUCAACGCACAGUGCCACUGCGCAGCCUCAGAAUCCUGACAUGACUCACGUCAUCCAUAAGCUCUCAUUUGGGGACAAGUUACAGGUCCAUAACGUUCAUGGAGCAUUCAAUGCCUUGGAGGGAGCAGACAAACUCAGCUCAAAUCCUCUUGCGUCUCAUGAUUACAUAUUGAAGAUAGUCCCGACAGUGUACGAAGACAUGAGCGGCAAGCAGCGAUACUCAUACCAAUAUACUGUAGCAAAUAAGGAGUACGUAGCCUACAGUCACACUGGCCGCAUUAUCCCAGCUAUCUGGUUUCGUUAUGAUUUGAGCCCCAUCACAGUGAAAUACACAGAGAGACGACAGCCUUUGUACAGGUUUAUCACAUCGAUAUGUGCCAUCAUUGGAGGAACAUUUACUGUAGCUGGGAUCCUCGACUCCUGCAUUUUCACAGCAUCAGAGGCCUGGAAGAAGAUCCAGCUGGGGAAAAUGCAGUAGCAGUGAAACUCUACCCUGGUCUCCAAGGACACGAGCAAAGAUUGAGAAAUCUACCACUACCUGUUUUUGUCUUUAUUUUCUAUUUGAUUGAAUCAGUAAGUUUUUCUCUAAUCAGGCUGUUCAGUGAAGACCUCUUCAACAAAUCAAAGAAAUCUCCAUGCAUUUCAGAGCUCUGAGAGUGAAAAAUCAAUGGAAUCAGGGCAUGGAUGUCGAUUCUCUCCCCCCAGAAAGAGGUUGAAAUGCCAUAUAUGAAAUACACCGUCAGAUCUAAGUAAGGAUGACAGUCUGUUCUCUGGGAGGUUCCUAUGGCAGUGUACAAACUAGGUAGUAGCUUGAAAAGAGUUGAGCUGUCUUGUGGCACUUUUUGGAAUUCUGUUGGAUUUGCAUGAUUAGACAAUCGACUUUUGUAUAAGGCAAAAAUUAUACAUUAGGAAGAAAUUCCACCUGUGGUGCCAAAAGGGUGAUGAUGUAUCUGUUGGUGAGGAAUGGAAAAUGUUAGUCCCCAUAGCAAACUUUAGAGACAGAGGGCAGAAAUAACAUCAAGAAACGUUUUGUGCUUUUAUUGAAAGCUCUUUUGUUCAGAUAUGACCUUUCUAAUGAAAUGAGCAAACAAGAAGAGGAAGCCUUCCCCUAGCUACCUUUUCCUGGGUAAUCUGUGAUCCAGGCAGUGGAGGGCUUUUCUUUUACUCUGAAUGUAAAAGUAUUUUCAUUUCUUCCCAGAAACUGAAUAUCCAGUCUUGUGUUUACAGGUGGCAUGAAGUAAAAAAACCAAACUGAGCAACAGAGUUUUAUGUGGCCUUUGCUUUGAAAGGGAAUAGUUGUCUUUACAGCAUUAGCUUUUAUUCUUCCGUAUGUUUUUUAAACACAGACCACCCAACACUCUGGAUUCUGCACUUCUGCUUUAUUAUUAUUGUUGUUGUUAUUUUGAGAAAGGGUUGUAUAUUCUAUAUGUUCAGAAAAAUGGUGCAGUCUUCUGGGUGGAUAAGCACAGCUUACUGUCUUGCUUUGUGUGUGCAUAUUGAAUACACCUGUCAAACACAGAAGUCUGUCUUUUCAGGGUUUAAGGUGCCUCCCUUUUCCUUUAAAAUCCAGUCAGGCAUCUUUUGUGAGCCCUGGACUGACACUGUUCACCCACAGGUACACCAGCAGCAGGGCAGGCAUUCCCACAAGCGGGCCCCUGCUAGCAGUUGUUUUGUUUUAUUCCUUAAAAUGGUACCUGAGCUUCCAUGCCCGUUCAUUCAAGCCUUGUCUUCUGGGGCCUCCAAUAAAUGGAGGGAGAACUACUGCCAGGUAUGGCUUGCAUGUAAUGGUAGACAUGAGUUCACUAAAAUUAGACCAGUACCCGCCAGCACAUUUUCCAUAGCCUCCUAAAUGUUCCUUGAGUAGUAACAGUCUCUGCAUGCUUUGUAAAUGUCUGAGCUGAGGAUACAUAAAUUUUAAGUGUUCCAGGAUGGAUAAAAAUCAUAAAGUAAAAAUCUUUUACUCAAUCAAUGCUGUAAAUUCUAAGAUGGGUGCAGGAUUUCUCUUGAGUAGUACCUACUGCCCACUGCCCUUUCCUGGAGGCAGAAGUAGGCAAACAUUAUACUGUAAUAAUAUGAAUCUUUGAAUAUUCAGUGUUAAUGCUAGAGUCAGAUGCAUUUCAAAAGUAUUCCUAAUACAUGUCUGUUGGAGUUGUCUCUUUGCUUUGGAAGUAGGGAAGGUAGCCAGUUUAUCCACACGCCAAAAAGAAGAAGCCAACCACAGUCCUCUGCCCUAUAGUGACUUUGGACAAGUUACAGCAUUGGAAUUUUUCCCUGUUCUUAUUACGGACUGAUUGCUAUUGCUUUAGGUGUAAACUGGAUUGUGUAACUUCCUGUAUCUGUUAAUGUAUGGAUAGAUUUUAUACAUUUUUUUCCAUUUACAAAAAUCAA